AUGUUGGAUAAACAUACUGGAAAUGGUAAUGGAAAUAAAAUGAAUAUGAGAAUCUCAAUUUUGGAUGCACUUUUGAGUCGAGAAAUGGAAAGUAGCAGUGAUGGAAGUUCAGCAAGAGUAAGUUUUGAAACUGUAUUUUAAAUAUAUCUACUACAAUAAUGCUUUUCUCUUACUGUAGAUCAGGAAUUUCAAAGGAUCAUGAACAUUUAAAAAAAUAUAUAUUUUGAACCCACUCAAGUUCACAUGCACUUUUAGGUUUCUGAGAAAAUUGAUAUUUCUCCCGUUUUUUUGAAGCAUAAUUGGUUUAGUUGAUUUAUUUAUUCUUAUUCCUAAAAAAUUGAAGUUAAAACCCAACAAAAUUUUUUAAAUAGAUUCGUUUUUUUUCAGAAAAUAAUUUACAUAUUUUCCAGGUCAACUCAUUGAAACAAGUAAUAAAAAAGAACAAAACCGAUAUGGCAGAUGAUGCGCCGUCUUCAUUAGAUCUCAUGAGAAGAAUUUUCCAAAACGCAAUGACUCAAGAAAUCCAUCAAAUCCUCGACCGACACACUCGAACAACAUUUUUGCCAGCCAUCGAAAAUCUUCGUCAAAAUGGACAUAUUGUUGAUGAAACAAUUCUGAAUCAAUUAUACUGUAAUAUUUUGGAUGCGGCCAAAAAACCGUUUAUCGCAAAAGUUGAACCCGAACCACCUGCGAGCGGAUUUGGUGGAGGAUUUUCGAUGAUUGAUGCGAUCGAAGCUGAGAAUAAUUUGAAGGUAAAUAAUUAAAUUCAGAAAGGUGGUCACCAAUAUUAUUUGAAUUCCCCACUUUUUAAUUGGGCCUUCACAUGGUCGGAACUCUUGUUGGUAUCAAUCUAAAAUUGAGUUGUCUUGAGCACAAACUUUCCUCAUUUAAAAAAUAUCAUUCAAAUUUACAGCGUGGUUAUGAAUCAGACAGUUCAGAUGUGAGUGGAAUCAGUCAUUGUUCAGAUGCAAAAAGAAGACGUGGCCGACCAAGAAAAGAUGAAGAAACUCAGAGAUUGGAAAUGUCACCGCCAACUUUGAAUGAGGUUAUGAUGUGGAAUCCGGAACGAAUUAAUUAUCAGACACGAUUUGUGACAGCUUCUAAAGUUUCGAAUAUUUUGAAUUGGCCUGUUUCGAUGCUCUUUAAUAAACAUCCGAGAAUGUUUAGGGUUAGUGAAAAGUUUUAGAAUGUUUGAUCAAAAAAGGCUCAAUCGUGGCUCACAAAAAUUAAUCGGUACCAGAACUUGCACAAGCUUUAGUUUUUUGAGAAUUUGAAUUAUUUUGCUUAAAAAUAUUCUUUUCCACAUAACUUUUCUGCCUUUUCAAUAUCUGGAAUCUCCUCAUUGAAAAUUGAUUUUAUGAAACUUUUUUCAAUUUUCCGAAUCUCUACAAAAUAUUCAUUUUUCAGUAUUCAUGUGAUGAAGAAGACAAAUCUCAACUUCACGAAAUCCGCGCUGCUGGAAGAUGUUAUCUUUUAAUUUUUGAUGACGCUAAACAACUUGUUGCUCCACAUUUUCUGUAAGUUUCCGACAUAUUCUUCUAUUCUUUUUCUUAUUCUUUCUUCUUUUUUUCUUUCAAUUUUCAAUUUUUCCUCUUCAAAAAUCGGCCCAUUAAAACAAUCCGCUUCAUCGAAUCGUCUAACCGCGCGUUUCCGCUCUCAAAAAAUCUCAAUUUUUCAGCCAAGAAAUUCUCAAUUGUUCAUUCAUGCUGAAUGAGCAACUUUUGCUGAAAAUCCGUCAAAAAUCGGCCACAACUUUCGAAAAAUACAGUAACUUUUUGCGAAAUGGAACUUCACAACAAUUUGGAGGAGGAACGAAUGGAGGACCAACUUUUAUGUGA